AUGAGGUCCGACGACAACAUGAGGUCCUCAUUGUCACUCACUUUUCUGCUGGCCUUGCUCCUGGCCGUCGCGGUGCCCUUCACCGCGGCUCAGAAAGUCAAGAACAUCAUGGAGGCCGCGUCCCAGCUUCCACAAUGCGCUGUCACCUGCAUCCUCUCGGCGAUGGAUGAUUCGCCAUGCAACUUGACAAAUACCACGUGCAUUUGCAACGAUGCUACAUUUGAACAAAAAACGGAAGGGUGCAUCAUGGGAAGCUGUCCUAUCAGAGACGCUCUUCAUGCUAAGAAUGUUUUUAUGACGACUUGCGAUAAACCUAUCAGGGAUAAUGGUCCUGAAUAUGUGCGAUUGAACUGGGCGCUCUUGGUUAUCUCGACCUUCACCAUUACUGCCCGAAUUUCAUUCAAGUUUUUCUCGUCGGCAGAACCAGGAUGGGACGACAUGUUUGCCUUCCUUGCCUACCUCGCUGUUCUACCCUCAUUUAUCAUCAACCUCGUGGGGUUAAUUCCAGCUGGCAUUGGUAAAGAUAUCUGGACCCUUACAUCGGAGCAAAUCGAGAAGUUUGGGUUUUGGUUCUACUUGCUGGAGCCAAUGUAUUUCAUACAAAUGGGUCUGGUGAAGAUGGCCAUCCUGUUCUUCUUCAUGCGCAUCUUUGACCGUGCCGUUCUCAAACGUUACUUAUGGGCAACGGUUAUAUUCAACGCCGUCAACACCUUCGUCUUCCUAAUGGUUGGCAUCUUUCAAUGCACGCCUAUCUCUUUCUACUGGACAAGAUGGGAUGGCCAGCAGCGUGGAACAUGCAUCGACAUUAAUGCUGUCGCCUGGGCGAAUGCUAUUAUUAGCAUUCUUCUUGACGUGUGGAUGCUCCUCUUGCCCCUCUCGGGAAUUAGGACUCUCAACCUACACUGGUGGAAAAAGCUUGCCGUUAGCAUGAUGUUCUGCGUUGGUACCUUGUGUAACUAUCAUUAG